AUGGCUCAAGGAAGGUCUUGUAGUCUGCUAUGUAAUAAGCUUCGUAAAUAUUGGUUUCCACCUGCAGAUGAAGAUUACAAGGAUUAUGACUCACCUAGAGAACCACCAUGUUAUCGUUGGACCAGAUUUAUUUCACUUAUCCUUAUUUAUUGUGCGAUAAUAUAUUUUAUCGUCAUUUUCAUUAUGGGUUUUAGUGACCCACCUUUUAUACAAAUGUCCCGAUCUGAAAUUAAUAGCAUACCAACUCCUGUUGUUAUUCUUAUUUUUAAUACAACAAUUUAUUCUAACAUUAGUGUUAGCUGUUCUUACUUAUAUCCCACUGCUGUCCCUGACACUUCCUGUAGUAAUAAAAUACUUAAUCAAAGUGAUCCAUCCACCACUUCGAUUCUUUAUGUUUACUAUGAUUCUGGUGUCAAUUUUACUGAUGGAACUGUCUUGACUUUGCCUGUUGGUGUUUAUUUCCAAAUUUCCGCUAAUAAUUCAUUUCCAAAUGAUACAUUACCGACCUUGCAAUCAUACCCAGUAAUACAACUUAUGGAUCCAGAUUUAAUUUUUAACGAGAAUAAACAUGCUGACUCAAAAUUUACCGAACUUUUAUCUGAAAGUACUAAUUUAUAUGUUCUUUCGCCAUACCAGAGGCAAAUUAUAUGGUUAGAUCGAGUUAAAUAUACAGAUCUUGGAGGUUCUUUAAAGAGAGGUGCUUUAUCAGUUGCAAGAAGAUCAUCUAAGCAUGUGUUUAAUUAUUUUGGACUCGCGACAAGAAUCCAAACGUUUAGCCCAUUAAAUCCUCUGGCCAUUAAUCCGUCACAAUUUACAACUACUUUUGAAGUAUAUAAUCAAUCUUCAACUUUAAUUACUUAUAAGGAAACAUCUAAAGCAUCCCAAUUCAAAGUUCUCACCUUCUUUACUUCACUCGGUGGUGCAAACGCAUUCUUCGUUACUAUUUAUUUGUUCUUGUAUGGUCCUGCAAAUUUUAUAUAUGGAAAAUUAAUAAAUCCACGUAGGAAGCAAGAAAAUGAAGAAAGCGAUAUUGAGAAAAAUUCUAACAAAGCGGUUUAA